GAGAGAAGCAGAAGAGAAAGAGAGGCUGUCACAGCGCGGAGAGUCUACAACUUGUUCACAUGUAAUCGCCAGUGGAAGGGAAAAAAAUAAUAAUUACAAGGAUUUACAAAUGCCAUUAAUCCCGUGACCGGAAUGGAAAUAUACGAGCCGGCUAUGAGAAGUUGUUUGCUCCCGGUGGUCGCGUGAGCGCUGCAAGAAUACAACUAAUGGCAGGCGUCAGUGGAUGAGGUGGGCUGCUCUUCACAACCCAUCAUGGAUAUCAACUGUCAGCCAUUCCCCCAUUCCAAAACCUCCUGUCCUGCUCGCUCCUGCUCCAUAACUCCCCCCGGGGUCUGAGCUGUGACACCUGGGACUCGCAGGCUGUUGACACCAUGGCGCAGAUGGACUACAAAUACAGCUUGCUCGGCUCCACGGUGGACGACUACCGCAAGAGGCCAUUGCUCCUGCAGGUGGACGACACGCCCAUGAACCUGUUUGCAAUUCUGGAGGUGAAACGGGAGCUGCCGCGGCGCUGGAGCACCCUGGGCUGCUUCCGCAAAAUCCGGCUCUACAGCUUCCUCUUCGGCCUGGCAGUCAUGUUCCUCAUCAUGGCUUCGUACAUUCUGACAGGAGACAAGAAGGGUCUCCUCCUCACCCCUUCUCCCUACCACUUCAGCAGCCUGAUCAGCCCGGGACCUUUUGCCUUCAACCUCUCCUCAGUCAAGGACGACGCACAUAUCAAACUGGUGGUCAAGACCAUCACGUCCAAGGUGGAGUUCCGCAGCAGUCGACAGCUCCCAGAGUUCAAGGCACUGGUUAACAGUGAGCCACAUAUGUUUUCUGCAAUCCCCCGCAAAUUCCUGCCUGGUGUCAAGAACCCUUGCUGGUAUGAGGAAUUUACUGGGAAUAUCACCUCGGACCCCUACAGGACAAACUUGUAUGCCCGCUAUUCGAGGCGCUUCCGGACGGUGUUUCAGCACUUGAGGAACACUUUCCGAGAACACUUGUUUCACCGCAAUGGGAAACUCUACCGCAUGCGCUGCCUUCCAUAUUUCUAUAUUAUCGGCCAACCAAAGUGUGGCACAACGGACCUGUAUGACAGACUGAGGCUGCACCCGGACGUCAAGUUCACCACUUUCAAAGAGCCACACUGGUGGACCCGCAAGAGGUUUGGUAUCAUCCGUCUGAGCGAGGGCUUUCAUGAUCGAUACCCAGUGGAGGACUACCUGGACUUGUUCGAUCAGGCUGCUUACCAAAUCGGUGGCAACCUCACAGCAAACGCCAGUGGAAGCUCCAGUCAACCUAACAUCAUCAUAGGAGAAGCCAGCGCGUCCACCAUGUGGGAUAACAACGCCUGGGUGUAUUUCUAUGACAAUACCACAGAGGGAGAGCCUCCCUUUCUUAUCCAGGACUUUGUCCACGCCCUGCAGCCCGAUGCCCGCUUCAUCAUCAUGCUCAGGGACCCAGUGGAGAGGCUCUACUCCGACUACCUUUACUUUGGUAUUGCCAACAAGUCUGCAGAGGAUUUCCACGAGAAGGUGUCAGAGUCGCUGCAGUUAUUCGAGGGGUGCCUUACAGAGUACACAAUGCGCUCCUGUGUGUACAACACUACUGUCAACAACGCCAUGCCAGUCAGGUUGCAAGUGGGCCUCUACAUUGUGUACUUAAUGGACUGGCUGACCGUCUUCAGCAGGGAACAGAUUCUGGUGCUGCGGCUGGAAGACCAUGCCUCGAACAGGAAAUACACAAUGCACAAAGUCUUUGAUUUCCUUAGCCUGGGGCCGCUAACAAAAGAAAUAGAGUCAGAGAUCACAAGAAGUCCAGCGUCGAAUACCAGGAGGCUGGCUGACAAAAACCUGGGACCCAUGCUGCCCAUCACUAAAGAGAUCCUCAGGGAUUUCUACAUGCCAUUCAACGAGAAAUUGGCCAAAGUGCUGCGGAAUGACUCCUUCCUCUGGGAGAACAACUCUAAACUCUGAAAAAACCCACCUCCCCCUUACUUCAGUAAAAGAAACCACUGACGUGUCAGCCAGCCCCUUCGUUUGAGCUUCAUCUCUCUUCUUGAAGUGCCCAUGAAAAUCAAUGUUUUUUUAUUUAAAUUAUUUUCUAAGUUAUAAAAGCAGAGAUGAAUCAAAGAUAGAAAAAGCACAAGAGAGUGUGUUGAUUUUGUGUGUGCGUGCGAGUGAGAGAGAGUGAGUGAAUAAAAGAGAGAAAGAUGGCAGGUCUUGAUUGUUUUUGUUUUUUUGUGACCAGAUGUACAAAAUUAAAUAGUGAAUUCAAAGAUGUUAAAACAGAGUCCUGUGUUGUAAUUAAAUGAUAGCUCGUCCGGCAGA